AUGGCUUCAUUGUCUGCACCGAAACGAACUCAUGGCUGGCGUUUCUGGGCUGUGUUUCCAGGACUCUGCUUUUCUAUCUUGUUAGCUGGACUCGAUACCUCAAUUGUAGCUACGGCCCUGCCCACCAUCGCCGCAGACCUCAAAUCCGGAGCCCUGUACGUCUGGGCCAUCAAUGGAUACUUCCUCACAACGGCUGCGGUGCAGCCAAUUUUCGGCCAAGCGUCGGACAUCUUUGGGCGUCGCAUGCCCAUGUUGACAUCUAUCGCUCUCUUCACUCUUGGCAGUGGGCUCUGUGGUGGUGCCAAAAAUAUGCCCAUGCUGAUUACUGCCCGUAUGAUUCAGGGACUUGGAGGAGGCGGCUUGUUUGUCAUGGUAGACAUCAUCAUGGCCGAUCUGGUUCCUCUUCUUGAUCGACAGCUCUAUAUGUCGAUCGUUAUGGCAACUUUUGCUUUGGGUACAUUUGUCGGACCCAUCAUCGGAGGCGCUAUUGUCACCACGAUUUCCUGGCGAUGGAUCUUCUACAUUAACUUGCCUAUCGGCGGCAUAGCCUUGGCUCUACUGGCCACUCGCCUGAAAAAGGUCGACUUUUCAGGGAACCUGCUCUUGAUGGGUGCCGUCGUCACUGUCCUUAUCACUCUGACUUGGGGUGGCACACUCCACUCUUGGGACUCUUGGCAUGUGCUUGUACCGCUUCUAGUCGGAGCCGCUACCUUGGUCGCCCUCUUCUUCCAUCAGAAUAUCUAUGCCACAGAGCCAACCAUGCCAAUACGUCUCUUUGGCAACAACACUUCAAUGAUUUCGUACAUGGUCACGUUCCUUCAUGGCGUCGAGAUGAGCUGGCUGAGCUUCUUUCUGCCUGUCUACUUCCAAGUUCUUCUCGAAGCUAGUCCUCUGAGAUCAGGCGUUGACCUACUUGCCGUUGUUAUUCCUUUUAUGCCGGCUGGAAUCACUGGGGGCCUGAUUAUAGCCAAGUCUGGUCGGUAUAAGCCGACAAUGGUUGCUGGCUACGCUCUGCUAUCUAUCGGCGCAGGUUGUCUCACGCUCCUGGAUACCAACUCAUCUACAGCAAAAUGUGUCAUCUUCCAGAUAAUCUGCGGUAUCGGAGGUGGAUUGGCCCUAACAGCAACGCUUCCUGCGGUACAGGCACCAUUACCAGAGUCAGACGUUGCCAUCGCUACAGCAUGCUGGGGGUUUGUCCGCAGCUUUGGCUCUAUUUGGGAUGCAGCCAUCCCCGCAGCUAUCUUUAACUCGCGUAUUGACUCUUUGCUUUAUAAAGUCACUAAACCGGAAGUCCGUGAGCUGCUCAGACGCGGCGGAGCAUAUGAGCACGCGACUGCAUCUUUUAUGAAAUCAUUUAACAAUGAUCCUCCGACGAAAAGGGAGCUGAUUGAACUCUAUACCGCUGGUAUGAAGCUGUCCUGGCAGGUCCUAAUUGCUUUUACUGUCAUUGCGGUGCCCCUUGCCUGUCUGAUCAAAGAGGUGCCUUUCCGUAAGGAACUAGUGACUGAGUUUGGGUUAGAUGAAAGUAAAAGUGGGGGUAUUUCUGUGGAUGACAGCAAUGAACUAGCGAUAAGAGCAACCGGAGUCAACCAGAGCGUAGCGAGAUGA